UAAUGAUAUACCUGCCUGCUUAACGAUCUCUCCCCGAUCUCUCUCCGUUUCAUCAUUCCAUUUUCUGUGUGUUAUUUUAUUUUAUAUCAUUACAAACAGAGGAUUAAAAUCGAGCCCAACCUUGAUUUAAUUUCUGAGUUUCAUUUUUCAUUCUCUAUUUGCGCUUCUCUUCUUCCUUCCUCACCCUUCCUCACUCUCCUACUCAACAUCUAUCUAUUAUCUUCUUUCUCGAAGGCUUUUGUUGGAUUUCGUUUCUUUUAUUUUUCUUUUUAAAAAAAUCCGCUAUUGUAUCUUUAGAAAAUACCACUUACAGAAAUCUUCAAAUUUUUGUGUUUAGAACAUCAAGUUUCCUAACUUCAUCUGCUGCUUUCAGAAAAAAAGAAACUAUUCUAAAAUGAACAAAUGAAGCUUUGUCAUAAUAGAUUUAUAAAUUAUUGAGAUUCAUCCACAUCUAUUAUUAUCAUCAUUAAUAUUAUAACGCCGUUAUUAUUUCGUUAAGAAUCUUUUAUUUACUACGUGAAAAAAAAAAAAAAAAAGACAAUGAAGUAAAAAGCAACAAAAUAUAAUUAAAAAUAAAAAUCUUCACGCACUUUUCAAGGCAGCAGUAUCACUUCCUACUCUUGCAGUCCCCACUUCUUAACUUCCUUAUUUUUCUCUCUUUAUUAUUUAUUUACUUAUUUAUCUAUUAAUUUAUUUAUAUUUUAUUUAUUUAUUUUUUGGAAAUUUACUUUUGUUCUUAUUUGUUCUUUGGACAAAACUUACGACUAGAGGCGCCACCGGACUAAUAUUGCUUAAUACAUAUCUAUCUACAUAUAUAUAUAUAUAUCUAUAUGUAUAUGGACACACAUUAUCAAUGGAGUCCCAUUUAUUGGUAUUUAUUGUUCUAAUCUCCGCAACAGCUACAAUCUAUGCCAGUUUUUUGAUUCCUUGCCAAACAGAAAAUGCAUUUACCUGCGAUGAAGCCAGUAAAGAAUGUAUAUCAGCUGAGCAAAAAUGCAAUGGUAUCAGCGAAUGCAGCAAUGGAUUUGAUGAAAGUGUUAAGACGUGUGGCUGCCUGCCACACGAAUUCCAGUGCAAUGAAACAAACUGUGUUGAUUUGGUAAAAAGAUGUGAUACAGUGCAAGACUGUGAUGCAGGGGAAGAUGAAAUUAACUGCGAAUCUUAUGUUUGCCCAGUACAUCGUACAAAAUGCAAGAACUAUCUAUGUGUACCAAGCACAGCCAUGUGCAACUUCAUUGAUGACUGCGGAGAUAACUCGGACGAGGAAAACUGCAAGUAUCGGUCUUGUUAUCUUGCCGAAUUUCGCUGCAAUAAUUCCGAGUGUAUUCCUGAAUCCCUCUUAUGUGAUGGCAUACAAGACUGUGUCGAUGGCAGUGAUGAAACAGAAUGUGAAAGCCAUUUUCAGUGCAGUAACGGCCUUUAUAUUCACAAAGACAAAGUUUGCGACUUCCACAGAGAUUGUUUAAUAGACCACGAUGAUGAAACUAACUGUGGAAAGUGUCCAGAAAGGAAAUACCAAUGCCAGAGUGGCGAAUGUAUAGAUAUAUCAAACCAGUGUGAUGGAAUAUGUGAUUGUGCCCAUACAUGUGAUGACGAAAACAAAUGUGGGUCAAUGUGGUGCCAAGCAGGAGAACAAUUUAUGUGCCCAAAAAACUAUCGAUGUAUAAAAAAAGAAUUCCUAUGUGACGGUUUCAACGAUUGUAAAAACACGUGGAGAGGCACAGAUGAAUCCUUUUGUGUAAACUCUAGCAAUAGCUGUAAUAUCUUCAAAUCCAAUUUUAUGUGUCAGGAAGGCCGAUGUUUGCCAUCAUUACUUCAAUGCAACACAUUUAUAGACUGCCUAAACGGCGAAGAUGAAUCCAAUUGCACCCUCCAGUUAUGUACCAAAAAUGAAUUUCGUUGCUCUGAUAAUCGAUGUAUUGAUAAAAAGUACCGUUGUGAUGGAAAGGGCAACUGCUACGAUAGAAGUGAUGAGCACGGUUGUGAAACAUAUGACUGUCCUCCGGGACACCGAAAAUGUCGAGGAGGGCAAUGUAUCGCAGAAAAUAAAUGGUGUGACUUUUGGAGAGAUUGUCCUGAUAAUUCAGAUGAAGAAGACUGCGAGCUGAGGCCAUGUAAACGAGACGAAUUUAAAUGUGACAACGGUCAAUGCAUUCCUGGUUAUUUACGAUGUUUUAAAGGGCCAAACACUGACAGACUUGGAUGUGCCGAUUAUUCUCAUUUAAAACAAUGCCAAAACACAAAGUGUGAGUCGGAUCAGUUUAAAUGUCGCAAUGCUUACUGUAUUACACAAAAACAAGUGUGCAACGGGAAAACGGAUUGUCUUAUGUCAAAAUGGGACGAAUUUCAUUGUGCCUACAAAUGUCCGUAUCCCACAGACGAAUGCGUUUGUUUUGAUAUCUCAAUGAACUGUACAAAUCGUGGCCUUUUUCAUGUUCCUAAUAACAAUGAAGGAUCAAUUCAGUUUCAUCUCGCAGGGAACUUUCUAAACUACACACUUUCAGCUGAUACCUUUAAGAUAUAUGAUCUAACCACACUGGACAUAAGUAAUAAUUCCUUAUCUACGAUUCCUCCAGAUUGUUUUGCUGGUCUAUGGAGAUUGCAGUCUCUGAAUUUGGCUGACAACCAAUUGACAGAAAUAGAAAAUGACACUUUUGUUGGUUUAUCAGGAUUGCGUUCUUUGAACAUCGAAAGAAAUAAUAUACAAACCAUUUUGCCAAACGCUUUCAGAGGACUUUCCAGUUUAAGCACACUUGAUCUCAGUAAACAGCGUUUGACAUUCAUCGAAAAAAAUGUUUUCAAUGGCCUACGGAAACUUCGAUUCCUAAAUCUUUCCGGUAACCAAAUAACAAACAUUGAAGACGGGGCCUUUAAUGGACUUAAAAAUCUUUUAACAUUAGAUAUAUCAAAUAACAUGCUGAUUACUAUUGGAGAGAAUGUUUUCCACGGACUAACAAAUUUACAUACACUUUACACGGAUGAAUAUCGGUUCUGCUGCCUUGCAAAAGGAGUCCCUGACUGUAACCCAAAACCUGAUGAAUUCUCGUCCUGCGAAGAUCUCAUGUCGAACUAUGUUCUACGUGCCAGCAUAUGGAUAUUAGGGAUAACUGCUUCGUUUGGAAACGUUAUAGUUAUAAUAUGGAGGACGAGAGACAAAAGAAGUGGGAAGGUACAUUCGUUCCUGAUCACUAAUCUCGCUCUAGGUGAUAUGUUUAUGGGUGUAUACCUCAUGAUUAUUGCUGUAGCGGACACAUACUACAGAGGCUCCUAUAUACUUUACGACAAGCUAUGGCGGAGCAGUAUAUUAUGUCAUUUUGCUGGAUUCAUAGCAACAUUUUCCAGUGAGCUUUCUGUAUUUACACUUACAGUUAUUACAUUGGAUCGUCUCAUAUGCAUCCUUUUCCCGUUCAGGUCUCACCGAAUGGGUUUGAAAGAAGCCCAACUUGCAAUGCUUGCACUGUGGAUCUUCGUCUUUUUUCUGUCUGCCGUGCCAUUAUUUGGCAUAGAAUAUUUCAAGGAUUUCUACAGUAGAUCAGGUGUUUGUCUGGCACUUCACAUCACUCCUGAUCGCCCACGUGGGUGGGAGUAUUCCGUCAUGAUCUUCCUGGCUGUCAACCUGCUAUCUUUCUUGAUCAUUUUCAUAUCAUAUCUUUGGAUGUUUAUUGUGGCCAAAAAGACUAGAAGUGCAGUGAGAACAGCAGAGACCAAGACGGACAGUGCUAUGGCAAAGCGUAUCACUUUGAUUGUACUCACUGAUUUCUUCUGCUGGAUACCAAUCAUUAUAUUGGGUAUAGCUUCAUUAUGUGGACAGAGAAUACCACCUGAAGUGUACGCCUGGGUAGCUGUGUUUAUUCUUCCCGUAAACAGUGCAAUCAACCCAGUUCUUUAUACAUUAUCAACGGCACCAUUUCUUGGAAACGUGCGCAAAAGAGCAACAAAAUUUCGUAAAUCCUUCAUGACGUCUUUGACAUUUGAUACAAAACAUUCAUAUGUCGAAGAUCGCACAUCGGGGAAUUACUGGGAAAGAACCAAUUCCAAUUACAGGCAAUUUGAAAUCAUGCGAAUGCGUCCAAUGACCAAGUGCUCUUCAUCGCAGACACCGGCUAAUAACGGCAUCAAGGUAGAAGAAUAUAUUCCAAAAGAUAUGAAAUUAGAAAAGUUGAAAUCGGAACAGGACUCUGCACAUUCUCAGGUGGAAGUGACACAGACAGAAGAUUUUGUCUAAGCAGAAGAACCAAAUUCAUCAUUACUCCGAAAAACAGUUCACUAAUUUGAAAAAAGAUGUUAAUUAACAUUGUUACAGGAGAUGCAUAGCAUUUCAUGGAGAAGAUGGAGUGUGGGACGUUGUUAAGUAACUAUCCGUUUGCAGAACGUUGAAGUAAAACAAAAAAAAACAAAUACAAAGAAAUGAAAUUCAA